GAUGUGCAGGAUGAUGUUGCAAGUCGCGGGUAUAAAAGGGCAGUCGGCUGAGCAGAUGAUCGAAGCUGCGCGCGAGACCUGGAGAGGAGGGGGCGGAGCAAAAGAUGGACAGUAGCAGGGAGCCGCUGUGGACUCCUCGGGGGAGCCACACGAACAUGGACACUUUCAGAGAGAGGGUCAACGAUAGGCACUCAUUGUCUCUAGCCUCCUACCAGGAGCUGUGGCAGUGGUCAGUGGAUCAGUAUCACCUGUUCUGGGAGGAAUUCUUUCUCCAUUCACGCAUCCUUCACUCCACUGCCUACGAGGAGGUAGUCGACCUGAGCAAGACAGUAGCAGAUGUUCCCGAGUGGUUCAGAGGAUGCAGAAUGAACUAUGCCGAGAACCUGUUACAGCAUGCCGCAGCUCAUGGAGGCAAGACUGCUAUCAUCACAGCAGGAGAAGGUCAGACUCCUCGCCACAUAUCCUUCUCCCAGUUGAGAGAGAGAGUUGCCGCCAUCGCCGCUGCGCUCUCUGCAGUGGGUGUGGCCAAAGGAGAUGUGGUCGCUGGCUACCUACCCAACUCCUCCCUGGCAGUAGAAGCAAUGUUAGCCACCGCCUCUAUCGGGGCAAUAUGGACCUCCACUUCCCCCGACUUUGGCGUUACUGGAGUGCUGGACCGACUGACUCAAGUGAGACCUAAAGUAAUAUUCUCAGUGGAGGCAGUGAGGUAUAAUGCCAAGACCCACGACCACCUCAACAAACUCAUCAAUGUUGUGGCAGGUCUUCCAGAACUGAAGAGAGUGAUUCUGUUCCCAUUCUGUGGUUCCAGAGACAUUGACACCUCCAGAAUACCAAACUGUGUGAUGUUUGAAGACUUUGUGAAAGGUCACAAAGGUUCGGAGCUGAGGUUUGAGCAGCUACCAUUCAGCCAUCCUCUGUUCAUCAUGUACUCCUCUGGAACCACUGGCACUCCCAAAUGCAUGGUCCACUGUGCUGGUGGCACCCUCAUCCAGCAUCUAAAAGAACACAUUCUCCAUGGCGACAUGCACAGCAACGCCGUCAUCUUCUACUACAGCACCACGGGGUGGAUGAUGUGGAAUUGGAUGGUGAGUGCGCUGGCAGUCGGAGCAGCGAUUGUUCUGUAUGAUGGCUCUCCCUUCAUCCCCUCUCCCUCUGUCCUCUGGGACCUCGUCGACUCUCUCAGGGUGACAAUUCUGGGUACCGGGGCACGGUGGCUGGCAGCCCUGGAGGAGCGAGGAGUCAGGCCUCGCGAGACCCACUCUCUCUCCUCCCUCCACACCAUUCUCUCCACUGGCUCACCCCUCAAGCCUCAGAGCUAUGACUAUGUUUACUCCCAGAUCAAGGUAGACGUUCUCCUGGGGUCCAUCUCUGGAGGAACCGACAUCAUCUCCUGUUUCGCUGGGCACAACCCCACACUCCCAGUCCACCGCGGUGAGAUACAGGCACGGAACCUGGCCAUGGCCGUGGAAUGCUGGAACGAGAAUGGUGAACCAGUGAUGGACAGUGACGGUGAACUGGUGUGUGUCAGACCAUUCCCCUCGCAACCCACCCACUUCUGGAAUGACGAGGACGGAAUAAAGUACACCAAGGCCUAUUUCUCCAUGUACAAAGGAGUGUGGGCCCACGGAGAUUUCUGUAGCAUCAACUCUGAGACUGGAGGAAUUGUGAUGCUUGGUCGAAGUGAUGGGACAUUGAAUCCAUCGGGAGUCAGAUUUGGCAGUGCUGAGAUCUACAAUAUUGUGGAGCACAUGGACGUGGGUAUAGCAGACAGUCUGUGUGUUGGUCAGAGAUUCAGAGGAGACGAGAGGGUUGUCCUCUUCCUCAAGAUGGCUGUUGGUCACAGAUUCUCAGAGGAGCUGGUGGGGAGGGUGAAGAGAGAAAUAAGAGAAAAGCUGUCAGCGAGACAUGUUCCUCACAUCAUUCUUGAGAUUGCUGACAUUCCAUAUACCAUCAACUCUAAGAAGGUGGAAGUGGCAGUCAAGAAGAUUAUCUCAGGGCAGGAGGUUGGACCACGAGGAGCACUGGCCAAUCCUGCCUCCCUCGACCUCUUCUACAAUAUCCCUGAACUCUCUUUGGAAAAUGGACUCUAACACACACAUUAUCCUUAUGUACUUCCCCUCCGUUAGUGUCUUGUGCAAAAUAAAUUUUGCUAUGAUGUAAUCCUGGCAAAUCGACAUAAGCGCGUUUUUGCAUUAGUGACGAACCGCGCGCUUAGAAUCGGGAGGCAUUAAAUAGAAUUAUAGGUAGAGAGCAAAGAAGAUGAGUUCUCGUAGUUUUCGCUUGGAGACGAGGAGCCGAGCCAGAGAUGAGAUCAAGAGGAUCAUGCAGACGGUGGAGAAGGUCCGGAAGUGGGAGAAGAUCUGGAUAGAGACUGGCCUUUCCAACCAUCUCAAGGUCUACAAGUGGGUGCCAGUGAGAGAUGAUGGGAAGAAAGUGGAGGAGAAUGAACCGGAGCCUGGGAAGACAGGCGAGCAGACCAGAGGAAACAAAAAUGAUACUACGCUGCCAGAGAUCCUCCCUGGGCUGCCAGAGAUCCUCCCUGCCAAGGAUCUGGGGACUUCACUGGAGCCAGCCCAGCUAGCCUCGGGUCCGCCUGACCUUCUGCUGGAAUCUGAGACCAGCUCACAACCUCCUCCACCAUCCUCUGUUAGCCCCCUUCUCUCUCCCUGUGUGUCCGUAUGUCCUGUAUAAUACCCUACUGCAGGGUGGUCAAGGCAGUAAUAGCACACCAGAUGAAGUGCAAGAGAAAGUGGAUUUUGAGAAACGGAGGGAGAGACAGACGCUAAAGGACACUGGCAAACACACCGUAGAACAUGAAGACAGACCUCGAUCCCCUCAUCAGCAUUAAUUGUCCUCUCCUCACCAAAACCACACAUUCUUGUACCACUUCGAUCACUCGGCAUCAUCAAAACAUAUAUUAUUGAGGUCAUAAAAUAAUGAUUACAAAACUCGUGUUGCUCUAGAGGCCUGUAAAAUAAGGCCACUGAACUGAUGAUUGACACAACACACACUGACUGACGUACAAACACAAUGAUGUGAACACAAAAGAAUGUUUGGUAUGUGGGGUGUGGUUUGGGCGGAGUUAGUUCAAAUGUGAUGACAGCUUCAGGAGAUCUUCGCUGGAGCGAGACAGGGCAGUUGGGACGGAGGGAGAUCGACCAAUCGGGGUCUUCUUACGAAGCACCUUUGACAAGAUGUCCCAGAGGGUGGAAAAUGGAGGUCUCUUCCUGGAGUCAUGCUGCCAACAGUCCCAUACCAAGUCCUUGAUCCUCUUUGGUGCAUCUCGUAAUGGGAUGUCUUGACGGCGGCCCCGCCCCACCUGGUAUAUCACCAUGGUAAUGUCGAUAGGGAAGCCGGUGCUGUCGUGGGAGGGGCAAGGAUAACGCCGAGUCAGCAUCUCAUAGAACACAGUUC